UCUUUCUAUUUUUAUUAGGUUUCAGUUCCUUAACGGAACAAGAAGCGUCGUCGGGAAUACUUCUGGCAAUAAUAAAUAAUUUAUUAAAUAUAUAGCAUAUUAUUUUUGUAUUUUGUAUUUUUAUACUUUUCUUUUUUUUUUUGAUAAUCUUUUUCUCUAUAUUUCAAAUAGAUAGAGUGCUAGAGAUGAAAUUAACUUUAUUUUUCGUGGCAAUAAAUAUGCUAGUAUUGCAUAUUUCUGCCGAAACGAUGCAUAGAAUCCCUCUAUACUAUCAUAACAAAAGAUCUUCUCAUGGUGGGCAUUCAAAAUAUGUAUCUGCAGGUGCCAAGGAAUUAAGAGAUGGUAUGCUUGGUGGUGUCGUUCAAAUCGGUAAUCCACCUCAAAACUUUACAUUGGCAUUUGAUACAUCUACAGGAUUUACGUGGGUACGUGACAUUGAUUGUAACACUAAGAAUUGCAAAGGACGUAAAGCAUAUGAUCCCAAAGAAUCAACUACCGUGGACUCUACUGGUCAUUCUUUUGUUUUAGAUUAUGGUAAAGGCAUUGUCGAUACAACCAUCUACGAAGAUACAUUUCAUUUCGCAGGAUUAACUGUCAAGCGAAUGCCCUUUGGCGGUGCCUAUGAGAUGAAAAAGUUCAAUAAAGGGUUCGAUGGUUUUCUUGGUCUAGGCAGAAAUAUCAAUCUCAAUAGUAAUGCUACUGUUCAUUAUUCAAAGCGUAGCGGCGAUCAAAUUCCUACCUCGGGUUUUAUUCCUAACGCUUACCAACAAGGUAAUGGAUUAUCGAGUUCUCAAUUUGGUAUGUACACUACUUUCAUCAGUAGUGAUGGUGGUAGUGGCUUUUCGGAUUCUGGCUCAGUCUCUUCAACUACUAACCCAACAUCGGCUGGAACUCAUUUUACUAAACGUUCUCAUCAUGAACAACCUGCAGGCUAUUUAGUUAUUGGCGGAGUUGACAAAAGUGCUAUAAAAGGCAAUGUAUAUUAUGUUGAUACUAAACAUAGUCAUCAUUCUGAUUCCGGAAAUUGGGCUGUUCCUGUAACAGCAGCUAAAUUUAAAGAUAAUCAUUCAUUCAAAGUUAGUCCCAAGGCUAAAGCUAUUUUUAGUUCAUCAACAGACGUAAUAGGAUUACCUAAUGCACAAGCCGAGGAAUUUAGAAAACGUUGGUACGCUGAAUAUGAUAAAAGCGAUAAUACAUUCAAGGUACCUUGCUGUUUAAUGAAUAGACUUACGUCUUUUGCAAUUACAUUUGGAAAGGUUGAAGCUGUUGUUCCUCCUUCUUAUUGGAGUGAGUCUCGUAAGACAACUACUUGUUGUGAAAUGUGUCAUACUCAUAUUGGGAAGAGUGAUUCAGAUACUGACUAUGUUAUUGGAAGAGCUUUUACAUAUGCCUUUUAUACUCAAUUUGACUUUGAAAAGAACAGAGUUGGAUUAGCAAUGAAGAAACAUCAAAAAAAUGAUGGACUUAAACUUAUAAAACAUUAGCUUUAGUCAUUAAAUAGUUAUAUACCAAUAUUGUUCUUUUUUGAUCUUUAUAAUUAGGAUAAUCUGUAUUAGUUUGAAUAAAUAUUAUUAUUUGCUGUUUAAUAAUA